UAUCUUUUUAUCUAUUAGAACUCUAAAAUUGGUAUCCAAUAAGAAACCCUGCAAGGGUUAAGAUGAUUUUGCACUGCGCUGAAAGAACUUCUUUGAAAUGAAAGUUGCCCAUCUGCUGGCUCCCUCGCACCCGCACGUUCUUAUCAGACACAACAAAGUGCUUGACCCAAGAGACCCAACCAGAGCAACAACAACAAGAGCGCAGCAGCAUCAGCCGAUUGCCAAACAGAAUUCUGCGCAAGUGCAGCAGGCGGCUGCCCAGAAGAGCGAGCGAGCCAGCAAACCCAACGAAGGAGAGGGCUCCGCGAUUCCAACAAGAGAGAGAGGCGAAGCGACGCGCGCAGCCUUCGUUGGGUUUUUGGGGAGCACUGUCGUCGAGUUUCGCGUCGGCAUCUACGUCGAGUUUAAAACGAGGAGCCGAGGAGAAAAGAACGACCGCGAGGCGCAACGGAAUACAAAAAGCGCCGAAGAAACGCAAGAAUCCAAUCCGCAACCGCUCACGGAAAAUAAAACAAACUGCAACAAAUAUCGGAUGUCGCGCCGAGAUAAAAAUACGCACUAAUGAUAUAUUGGCAAAAUAAAUAUAAAUAUUAAUGCGGGCUGCAGCGCAAGGUGCAAAGCGCAGAGGACACCACUUCGAGGAAGAGUGAUGUGAUGUCAUAAUAAAACUUUGCCCUUAUCGACAUUGCAAAAACGAUAUCAGCGGAAAAGCGAGGUAAAAGUUAAUCAAUACCCGCCAACGAAUCGAAAAUCAAAUUGCCAUUUGUGAUAACCACGAGCGAGCAUGACGGAGUACACGGAUUACCUGGAAGCCGCCUGGGAGUAUGCGGAGUGGCUGCCCUACCUGCUGGUCACCUACGUGGUGGUCACCCUGCUGCCCAAGUCGCUGGUGCGGAUGAAGCGCUUCGCGGAUGCGGAUUACGAGGCGAACAGGAACAAGUACCAUCGCUGCUACGGCCCGGAGCUGUGCUGCCAUGUCCUGGCCCAGGAUCAGGCGGCCGCCAAGGCGAAGCAGAAGGCCAGGAAACCGGUGACCCGGGUCUAUCCCAAGCGCCAGCAGGUGGCGCCCAAGGCGGAGCUACCCCCUCCGAGUCCAGCGCCCGUGAAGCGCAGCAAUGUGACCAAGAUUGCCAGGAUGUUCGAGACGGGCACCACGCGCCAGGUGAACCGGGUGGCACCGGUGACCCUGCCCGAGAUCAGGAUGUUCGGCGCCAGCGAUGAGUCCCGGGAGUCCACGCCCUGCGCCUCGCGCAAGACCAGCAUUGCCAGCCAGCUCUCUGCCCAGCUGCAGCACAUUGAGCAGACGAUGCAUCUGUGGCAGGAACUGGAGGAGGAGCCCUCGAAGAAGUCCUCCGCCGCGCACAGCGACUGGGAGCCCAUGGCAGUGCCCGUUCCCAGACGCACCCGUGGCACCUCGGCCACGCCCUCGACAGCCUCGCCCCUGUCCAGUUCCCCGGAGCCGGAGCACUCCAGCUCGCCGGUGCGCCUGAGGAAGCCUCCCUCCCUGUGCCUGCAGACCAGCAUGGAGGACAUCUUCCAGGUGAUCGCCCGGAGUGCCGAGGAGCCGGCGGACUGCCCCGAUUGCCACUGUCUCUCGCCGGUGACCAGCAUCGAUGACAUACUCUCGGAGCGGAGGUUCUCCCGGCCCCUGUCCGCCUACUCCAUCACCGAUCUGCUGGCCGAGGAGCAGGCCUCCUGUGUGGAGGAGACCACCUACAUCAACGAAACCAGAUGAGCAUCAUCUGGGGGUAGAAGCGCCAUUCUAUAGUGCCAUCCAUCCUCCCGCAGGGUCAGAUGGAAUCCUCUCUGGAGCCUUGCCACGCCUCAAGUUUCCUAUAGAAGCCUUCCCCUCCCGCGCUUUGUUUGUUUAAUCGAUGAAACUUAAGCAAAUCAAAGUAGCAACUCGGCAAUCGAAGCCUGUACUUAGUAUAAACCCUUGUAUAAACGUUUUGUACUGUCUGAAAACCCAAAACUGUAAUUGCGAAUUACUAAAUCUCAAUGUAAGAGAACAGUACUGCUAAACUAAUGUCGCUGAUUGUACGUAUUAACUUAUGCAUAAACAUGAAUUUCUAUGGUAGUAUUACUUAUCGUUAAAUGUACUAUAUGUUAUGAAUAAAAACUGUAUCAAAUGCAGCUCGCACCUAAUAAUAUUCGUAGUAAAGAGAAAAUGCACAGCUGCUAGAAGCAUUUCGAAAGCGAAUUUUAAAUAAACGUAUAUUGUAUCUACUAUUUGCACUUUUACCUCGACACAGCUGCUGGCUAAUUUAUCUGGCAGAUUGGCAAGUCCUCAGCCAGCGGAGCGAACACACAAUUUGUCAAAUAAAUUGAGGCAAAUCAAAAUGUU